AACUCAGAAGCCAUUUUGAGAUGAUGUCCCUGUUGAGAAAGCCUAUGAAGAUGCUGAAAUCAACGAACAUGGUUACAUUUCUGUCUGUUUCUCCCUCCGUCUCCUCUAUCUCACCAUGGCAGCUGUCAACCGACGGGACAUUAGCAAAGCGGGGUAUCAAGCUGCGCUCACAGAGUUAAAACGUCAUUGAUAUGAAAGAGGAGAGUGUCUGUUUACUGUCUCUGUCGAGACAUGUAACACCGUGAGUUUUUUCCAGUCUGAAAUCUUCCAGCAUCUCUCACAAAGCAGCGUCUCCUUGAGUGACUGAGUUAACUCACUCUUGUGCCGGAGAGAAGGGAGGCAGAUCCGUUCUCCAAUGGCUUCUGUGAGCCUUGUUUCCAGUCCCCCAGCCCCUGUUCUUGACAAAAACAUGACAGACUCUGAGCUUGCAGGGGAUGAAAGAGAGGAUGGCGAACUGGAAGAUGGAGAAAUCGAUGACGAAGGCAUCGGGAUCGAAGAGGAGAACAAAGAGGCCACAGAGGUGAACGAGGACAAAGAGAGGGAGAAGGAAAGGGAGAAAGAAAAAGAGAAAGGCAAAGAGAAGGAAGAAAAGGCCCACAGACACUCGAGGAAAAGAUACAAAAAAAACAGAGAGAAGAGGAGGUCCAAGAGAAGGAGGCGUGACAGACAGAAACACCACUCCCCCUCGAGCAGCUCCAGUUCAGACAGUUAUGACUCUGACUACGACCGACAAGAAAGGCCCAAAAACAGGAAGGGUCAGGGCUCUAGUCGCGAGGCUGACGGCCAGUCCUCUCUACACCCAAAAGGAGGCCACGGCAACUCACAGAAGUCCCCGCCACACAAGAGCGGCGACUUCGACAAGUACAGCGACUACAGCGACGACAAGUACGACUACGACGAAGAGGAGGACGACUACGAGGAUGACAUGUCCGAGUAUCAGCAGUCCAAAGAUUCAGCAAGUCAGGGGAAGGGGCGCCACCCCAAAGACCAGAUGCACAGGGGGAGCAUGAGGGGGAUGAAGCAACAACAAUUCGGGCAGAGGGGAAGAGGCCGAGGGAGUGGACCAGGAAGAGGACGUGGGAUGCUCAACAAGAAUAAGAAGCUGAAGGGGAAGCCCUGGGGAGGACGCGGCCGAGGUCGAGGAGGAGACCAGUGCAUGGAAGACAUGGCACUCGAAGGAAAACAUUCUUCUGGCUUUCAGAAGAAACGGCCAAUAAUGAGCAAGGAGUUCAUCAAUCAGCAUACAGUCGAACACAACGGUAGAUACAUCUGCAAGUAUUUCCUGGAGGGUAGAUGCAUCAAGGGGGAACAGUGCAAGUUUGAACAUGAGCUCGUUGUGCCAGAUAAGAAAAAAGAACUCUGUAAAUUCUACCUCCAAGGAUACUGCAGUAAAGGAGAUAAUUGCAUUUACAUGCACAAUGAAUACCCAUGCAAGUUCUUUCAUACUGGAGCCAAAUGUUACCAAGGGGACAAUUGCAAAUUCUCCCACGAGGCUUUGACUGAUGUGACCAAAGAGUUGCUCGAUAAGAUUAUCAACACUGAAGAGGAGAAUGCCCGAGAGGAUGAGUUGGAGCUGGAGGAUCUGAGGAAGCAGGGUAUUGCCCCACUUCCAAAGCCUCCCCCUGGGGUGGGGUUGCUGCCCACUCCUGGUCAGAGCAGUCCUACAGAUGGAGCCUCUGGUCAAGCAGGGAAGAAGAUCCCCUCCCUGUUUGAAAUCAAGGUUCAACCGACUGUAGACUUGGCACAAAAAAUUGCUCUGAGUGGAUCCAACUUUACUCAGAAUCAAGGUGACGGCACGGGGCAGUUUAGCGGCGGCUCAGAGGACGCGCAGAGUGGAGGAAUUGCGCCUUCAGGCCCAUCUGCUCCUCCUAUUCCUCCCCCUGGAUCACCGUCUCCCAUGGGUCACCCAACGGGUCCGCCUAUGCCGCAGAGCCCCCCAGGACACCCACCACCCCUGGGGUUUCCGAUGCCACCGUUCCCUCCGGGUCAACCUCCGCCCUUCCACGGAAACCGACCUAAUUUCAACCCCCAGAUGAACAUGCAGAGGCCUCCAUUUCCUCCGAUACCGGAUGUGCAGAUGCUGCAAAAUCUAUUCCCUCUUCCACCGUUGGGGCAGAAUCCAGUAGAGGUCUUAACCAACUUCCUCCAAAACCAGAGUAUUGGACAACAAGGAGUAGACCCCAGUCUGGCCCUGCUACAGAACCUCCAGCAGCAAAUAGGUGCAGACUCUCAGAUCCAGUCUUUACCACCAGCAAUACAGAAAGCCAUCCUUUUACACCUAACACAGCAACAACAACAACCACAAGGGAGUGAGCCACAGACUACAGAUAUCCAGGAUGAUAAUGCAAGCAGAGAUGAAACAACAAAUUGGUACUCAAGCGACGAGGAGGAUGGGAGUUGCGUUUCGUCCAUCCUUAAAACUCUAAAGAAGCAGAAUGAGAUGCAGCAGACUCAGUCCAAAACCCUCCAGGCUGCCACGGCGGCUCCACCUCUGGGUGACCCCCGGCUGGUGAAGGAACGGGCCCAACCCAGCGACCCACGCGUGAAGAUGGACCCCAGACAGCGACCCCCAGAUGUUAAAAAGGAGUCCGAUGGAGGUGCGGAUCCACGGUUCUCAAGGGACCCCAGGAAGAUCAGACCGAUGGAGCCAAGUUCUUAUCGCCAGCAGAGCCACCCGGUUCCUCAGAAGAAUCCUACGGGAGAGGAGGACGAAGAAGGCGAGAGGGAACUCAGAGACAGAGCUGUUCUCAUCCCUCUAGACCCCAGCCCUGGGGUGGUGCUGAGGGACCCUCGUUGCCAGCUGAAGCAGUUUAGUCACAUCCGUGUGGAUAUUCUGCUCCAGCGACCCGCCUUCGCUCAGACAGUGGUGUGGGCCCCUGAGGACCUCAUCCCUUCCCUAGUGCCCAAACAGGAGCACUCCAUCAAUCUCCCCCUUCCACCCUUAAUUGCUGACGCUCAGAUGAAUCGAACAAGUCUGCCCGACCAUCCUCCAGUAUCCAGCCCGCCACCAUCCGACCCCAGACUGGCAGCUGCCCGUUUGAAGGAGCGUCUGAGUCGACAGCCCACUGGAUCUUUGGAAUCUCGAUCCUCCACAGAGAGACCUGUAGAUCCACGCCAGCAAAAGUCUCUGGACCCCAGACUGAAGCGAACGGGAAGUCUGGACUCCAAGCCGCUGGGACCGAAAGAGCCGUCUUCUGGGGGAGGGCUCGUGGACCCCAGGUUACAGAAGGCCAGCGCCAGCUCCUCUCCUCACACUGCCCGAGCCAAACCGGAGCCGGAGAGGCUGCCGCCGUACGCCCCUCGACUGGCGUCAUCUGGCGGAGGGCUGGAGAGUCCCACUACAAUCCUCGGGGGCAUCAGCCUUUACGAUCCCCGCACUCAAACCGAGCAGGCCCAGAAGGAGCCGGCGGAGCCCCCUAAAAAGGCUGGGAUUCUGAAACAGCCUGCUAAGAAAGACAACACGCCGGCACAAUCACUCUCCCCAACCCAGCGAAGCGGCUCUUUCGAGGAUGUUAAAAGCGCCGACGCCGACUCGGAUGAGACUCCACUUCCCUCUUCUCCCACAAAGCCUCCAGCCUCACCUGUCAAACCUCCUGCAGUUCAUAAUCUCCCCAUCCAGGCCCUGGCCGGGCUCAUCCGACCCCAGUACACUGACCCCAGGCAGGCUAAAGUAGGAGCACAGGGCACUACAGGAGUGCAGGAAGAGGCAGAGGAAAAGAAGGAGCCUUUGGAGGAGAAGAAGAAGAAGGAGGAGGAGGGAGAGGAGGCUGUGGAGGAAGAACCAAAACAGGAUGAUCCAGAGGAGGAUGCAGACGAUAGGACACUCAAAGAUGUGUUCAAGACUUUUGAUCCCACUGCUUCCCCUUUCUGUCAGUAAUCACUUCUCUGUUGAGACAUAGAAACGUUGCAUAAGAUUUGUAUAUUGACGAGACCGGUCUAUUAAUCUUUAUAGAGCUAUACAUGAAUCUAUUUAUUUCUGUACAUAGUCUUGUAUAGAGUCAAAUACUACGCCGAGCAUUUGUCAGCGCGGAGACGAUGCUGGAUUUACAGUUCCUUUUAACAUGAUCGUAUUAGUGCAGUGUGGUUGGAGCGUGUGUUUGUUCCGAUCUUUUAUUAUUGUGUUAUUUUCACAGAUGUGGUUUAAACAAUCAGAAAAAGGGGAAUUAUGUUACCCCGUUAAGGUUUCACUAAGGAUUGACGCGUUGUUUACUAAACUGCAGGAAAGAUAAUUCAUUCACAAAAAUGGGGGAAAAAAACAACAAAUGUUUGUUUUUAGAAAUUUUGUAUUCACAUAUUAAUUCUAUAACAUUUUAUAUCAUGAGAUCUCUUUGUGUUUAUGCUUUGUUUUCUUUCUGAUAAGGGAUUUAAUUUUUUCAACGAACCCUGCUGUGACUUUGUGAUUUGUCAGAUCAUCUAAACAGAAUAUUUGUUUUUACUGUAAUGCAUACAUAUGCUGAUAUUGAUAUCUAAAGGUUUGCUUAUGAGCUCAUUGCCUUCCCCAUGUCCUUUGUGCCGUUUUUAUAUCCGUAAAUUGAAGCUAGCUUGCUAAAGUCUUUGCACCAUUUGAGAAUUUUUUGUUGACUACAGUGUGUUUUCUUUUUUUUUAAGAUGUUCUAACUAAAAGGUCAAAUUCAUGUGGAUUACUUAAUUUGAUUCAUCAUUGGCACUCCUCAAAACGCUGAGAAAUUUCUAAGUAGUAGUAGUAGUAGUAAUAGUAGUGUGUACCUCCUUUAAUCUGUUUUAACCACAUAGUCGUUCCUAAUGGAAGAUCAGUGCAGCUGUAAGAAAAAAAGAAAAGAAAUUCAAGAAGUCUGACUUUUUCUCAGAAUUCUUACAUGUGUAUUAUACAUUUGACAUUAACAUUACAAUUUACAUUUGUUCUCAGAAAUCUGAAAUAAUGGGGGAAAAAAAUCUGAAUUCUAAAAAUAAAGAAUUGCAUUGAUUGAGUACCAAGAAAUAUCUGAACCAGGAUUCUGAAAAUAAAGUGGGAGGGGAAAAAAGGAUUCUGAAAACAAAUAAUAAUAAAAAAUAAAUAAAAAUAAAAAAAUUCGGAGAGAAAUGUCCAUAUCAGAAUUCUAACAUUACUGGAAAAAAAGCAGAAUUAUGAGAUAAAAUCCAUAUUCUGAAGUAAAUAAAGCUUUUUUCUUUACUUACAGUGUCCCUGUUCCUCCUCCAUAUAAACAGUAUAAGGAAUCAAUGAAGAACAUAAUCAGCCGUAUUAAUACAGAGAAAUACUAUUUUGUUGUAAAUAUGUUACAAGUGUGACCUUCAUGAUAUAUUUUUUUUUUUUACUGUAGAGUUGUGUUGCAGUUGACUGUAGAUUAACUUAUAUGAGGUUUCGUGUGCUACAGUGUGUGAAUGUUGUAGACCUAAGGUGGCAUAUUGCUUUGUUUUAAAAACACUUGUGUCUGUGAGCUGCUCCUGUUUGACUGAAACCAAGCUAUUUACUUUUUUAUUCUUUUCAUAACUCACAUUGUAAAUGCCUAUUUUCUAUCACGUGUACAGUGUGUUUCUGCGUGUUUUAAAGUAUAAUGCUUUUUUUUCUGUAUGGGUCAGUACGGUGGUUAUGGUUAUAAUAAUACUGUAUGACAUUUUAACAACACAUAUGUCCAUCAUUUCAAUGAUUUUAUUAUGAGUAUCUGAAAUAAAGAAAUUAAACUACA